AUGGAUCGGGUAUCCGGACAACUUUAACGUAUCCGGAUCCGGAUCCUUAUCUGGCGGAUCGAUAAUUUUACAAUCCUUAUCCGGAUCCGGGGUUUUCGGAUAUCCGGGUGUCGGAUAUCUUUCUAAAAACUGUAAUGUCCAGCGGAUAUCCGGAUCCAGAUUUGGAUCCUUAAAAUAAAUAAAAAAUAAUAUUAAUAUAUAUAUAAAAAUAUUAAAAAUAAUUUAAAAAUAAAAAAAUAUAUAAUGUUUUUAAUUAUUUCAAAGUAUAAUAUUAUAAAAUUUACGUAAAAUUUUACAUAUACUAUUAUAAAAAUGAAAAUAUAUUAAAUAAAGUUAGUUUUUAUAUAUAGAUAUUACUAUUUCAGAAAUAAUUAUUAAUAAAAUUUACAGAUCAGGAUAUCCGGACUAAAAAAUCAAGAUAUCCAGAUCCGGAUCCGGCUUUGACGGAUCCAAUAUUUUACUAUCCGGAUCCGGAUUCGACCCCUCCGGAUAUCUGGAUUUUCAGAUCGGAUCCGGAUCAAAUCCGGAUCGAAUCUCGGUUCGAAUCCGGAUCUGGGAUAAUAGUCUCAGGCCUGUAUACAUCCUCACUUCGCUUGGGCAUAACUCUGGAGAAUCGGUGAAAUAACCUAAAACAAAACUGCAAUUAAGAUGAGUUAGAAAGCUAUAGAAAAAAAAAAGAAAAGGGAAAGAUGGUUAGGUUUUAAUUUCAGUUAUUUUUACUAGAGCCAAAUUUUCUGCAAGAAUUUGAGAAUGGACUCGUCUGAGAAAAGUUCAGCUCAGAGGAUCGUGAUUCCGAACAGACACAAGGAGAAGCUCGUGGGUCUGCUUCACGAAACUGGGUCAAGAGAAGUUGUGAUCUUGUGCCAUGGGUUUCAAUCAAACAAGGAUAACCAAACUAUGAACAAUGUGGCUGCUACUUUAGAGAAAGAAGGCAUCACUGCUUUCCGUUUUGAUUUCUCUGGGAAUGGAGAGAGUGAAGGCAGUUUCUAUUAUGGUAACUAUAACCAUGAAGCUGAUGAUCUACGUUCUGUUGUCCAACACUUCUCUAACAUGGACCGUGUGGUUCAUGUUGUUCUCGGCCACAGUAAAGGAGGUGAUGUGGUGCUCCUUUAUGCCUCCAAGUAUCACGAUAUCCGCAAUGUAAUCAAUCUCUCUGGACGUUAUGAUCUGAAGAAAGGCAUUACAGAGCGUCUUGGGGAAGAUUUUUUGGAAACAAUUAAGCAACAAGGGUUCAUCGAUGUUAAAGAUGGAAAAUCAGGGUACCGUGUUACUGAGGAGAGCUUAAUGGAGAGGUUGAGCACUGAUAUGCAUGAAGCUUGCCUCAAGAUUGACAAAGAAUGCAGGGUUUUGACGGUUCAUGGGUCGGAUGAUGAGGUAAUACCCGUGGAAGAUGCCAAGGAGUUUGCCAAGAUCAUACCGAACCACAAGCUGACAAUUGUGGAGGGAGCUGAUCAUUGUUAUACCAAACAUCAAACCCAGUUGGUUGCAACAAUUACUGAGUUCAUUAAGACAGUCAUUCUGAAGAACAACUAGUCCUUUUUUUUUGUUUCUUUGAGAAAAUGUUCAGGUUACAUACUCCAUUUUCUACACUUGGUCGGCUGUUUGGUUUGGGUUUAAGAAAUAAUAGUAAUCAAAAUACAUUUCUUCACUGA